CCAGGGAGAAUCGAACCAUUGCUCCACGUUCCAACACAGUGGUAACCACACCACCAGUUGCUGUGCCGGUAUAUCCAUGUGACUAUAAUACCUAUACACCACCUGUGUAUUUAUAACGUGGACGACGUGUAUUUCCUAUAGUUCCAUGGACCAAGUGUAUCAUAACACACGAUAUUUGCGGUCACAAGGCGUGUAUAUUUAUAUAUUUUUAUACUGAUGACAUUGAGUUAAAGUGGAUAGUUUAAUAUAAAGGUAUAACUGCUGUAAUUAACGACUGAAGUUGUUAUUACGUUCAACCACGGAUAAACAAACUCGUCAAACAAACACAGAGCAACAAACCCGACGCACGAGUGGGGGGAAGAAAGUCCCAACGAGGCUAAACAAACGCAUCAAGUCCGCCAGGGAAGACGUACCAUCGACGUCACGUCAACAGAUCGCCCAUCACCGCGAUAUAUCGCACCACUCGUGUCAGGAUGGGAUGUACCAGCAGUGUGGCGUCAGUACCGGAGGACGAGGCACUGGCGGGCACCUCGAGCACGGCCGUCGAGGCCCUCAACACGGACUCCGGCACAGCAAAGGCACUUGAGGGUAAACUAAAGGAUGUCGAAGAAGAGGAGGAGGAUCUGCAAGUCACGGGUUCGAAUACCGCCGCUUCAGACAAGGGCGCCGCCGCUGACGACACGGCCCUCUUGAACGAUGCUCUCCAGACUCACGAUCGUCCAGCUUCCAGGAAGUCUUCAGCUGGGUCAAGAGCUUCCUCACACUCCACCAAGUCCAAGUCGACCAGGUCACUCACCUCGGGCAAGUCCAAGUCGACCAGACUCACAGACUCGCCCAAGUCCAGCGCCUCGACCAAGCCAUCGUCGCCCGCCCCAAGAACCGUUCUUCCUGGUGCAGUUCCCCCUUCAACAGAAAACGAAAUACAGGAUGACUCUCUUUUAUAUGAAACUGAAGAACUUGAUGACAAAGCUGUAAAUAAAGAAGAUGAAGGUGAGAGCUCUGAAGUUUUGUCGAGAAAUGGUGAAUUACUCCAGAAAGUCUGCAUGGACUUAGAAAGGGUAGCAGAAAACCAGAAUUCUGAGUCAGCCUCAAACCAUAAUGCAAACGGGAAUCCUGAGUCAGCCUCAAACCAUAAUGAAAACGGGAAUCCUGAGUCAGCCUCAAACCAUAAUGAAAACGGGAAUCCUGAGUCAGCCUCAAACCAUAAUGAAAACGGGAAUCCUGGCUCAGAUUCAAACCAUAAUGAAAACGGGAAUCCUGAAUCAGCUUCAAACCAUAAUGAAAACGGGAAUCUCGAGUCAGAAUCAAAUCAUAAUGAAAACGGGAAUCCUGAGUCUGCCUCAAACCAUAAUGAAAACGGGAAUCCUGAGUCAGCUUCAAACCAUAAUGAAAACGGGAAUUCUGAAUCUAAAACAUUUCAGGAACAAACCCAAAAUAUUGAACCUUCAAGAGAGGAAAAUAUGAAUCCUGAGCCUGUUAGUAACCAUGAAGAAAACGAGAGUUGUGUGCCAACAACCAGUCGAAAAGAAAAUGGGAAUACUGGGCAUUCAACAAAUCAUAAAGAAAACGAGAACCUUGAGCUUUCAACAAGUCAAAAUGAAAACGAAAUUCCUGAAAGUCUUAAAGAAAACGAAAACUCUGACCCUGUGUCAGAAAGUCAGAAAGAAAACGAGAAUACCGAGUUUAUGUUAUAUCUAAAAGAAAUUGAAGCUAUUGAAAAUGAAAUACAUAACAAAGAAAAUCCGAUUUCCGAGAAGACACCUCAUAAAGAAAACGAAAAUUUCGAGCCGUCAUUAAACAAGGAGGAAAAUGGAACAUCAAAUUCCAUGGCAUCAGCAGAAGGGAGCAAUGAAAACGAGGCAAAUGAUCCACUUACAUACGUGAAAGAAAACAGACAGAAGUCGGCCAGAUCUAUUUUAUCAACCAUAUCUUUCUCUUCUCCCUCCUCCUCCUCCUCUGCCAGGUCAGCAAGACUGAGAAACAGGAAGAUCCGAGGAAAUUCUUCCACUGCUUCUCCCGCAGAAAACGACGAAACGUUCCCAACUUCUACGCAAAAUGGAGGAGCUUCAACUUCGUCUAAUUUUCGACCAACAGAAAAUGGACAAAUGUAUAUAAGCUCGUUGACAGAAAAUGGAGAAGCAGAUGCAGACUCGUUGAACAUCCAAGCAUUAGAAAAGGGAGAAAUGCUUGGAAAUUCAAUAGUGUUCCCAGGAACAGAAAAUGAAGUAAUGGAGACAGAAAACAGUGACCACGUGGCAGUUACAGCAACAAAUGAAAUGGAAUGUCCAACAGAGAAUGGAGGGAUCUUUGCAGUUACAGAAAACGGGAUAAUAGACCCAGAAGAGCAUUCAAAUGAGCCAGUCAUAGAAAAUGGGCUACAGGUAUCAACAACAGAAAAUGGGACACCGGCACGUGCAACAGAAAACGCAGGAGAAACACCAACACCAUUAACAAAUUGUGUUUUACCAUCAACUGAAGGAGCAAGCUCGACCUUCACAGGAGUUCUACAGGAUCCCCAGAAGGAGGCUUCACAGCCCCAAACAUUCAAACCAAGAGCCCAUCAGAUCCAAUCAGCGCGAUCAUUGACAGUUUCCAUCAGUGAUCUUCUGAGUGAUAGCGACCUGGUCAGCAGCAGUGAAUCUCCUUCAAGGUCUUGCAGUGCUAAGGGGGUUAAGGGAAGCUCCAAGUACACGUACAGUGAUUCAAAGGGUGAUCCUUCAAUCAUUAGGGGGCACUCGGAGAGCCUAAUGAAUGGUUUCACUUACUUGACGGGUCAUUCAAUAGGCAAGAAUGGUAAAUCGAAAAGUUUGAAGGGUGACAAUGUAAGUUUUAAGGGUGACAAUGUAAGUUUUAAGGGUGACAAUGUAAGUCUGAAGGGUGACAAUGAAAGUCUGAAGGGCGAUAAUGUAAGUCUGAAGGGCGACAAUACAAGUCUGAAGGGUGACAAUGUAAGUCUGAAGAGCGACAAUACGAGCCUGAAGGGUGAUAAUGCAAGCCUAAAGGGUGACAAUGCAAGUCUGAAGGGUGACAAUGCAAGUUUGAAGGGUGACAAUGUAAGUCUGAAGGGUGACAAUACGAGCCUGAAGGGGGACAAUUCAAGUCUGAAGGCGGACAGAGUAAGCCUGAAGGGUGACAAUUUUAGUCUGAAGGGUGACAACGUAAGUCUGAAGGGUGACAAUGUAACUCUGAAGGGUGACAAUACAAGCCUGAAAGGUGACAAUACAAGCCUGAAGGGUGACAAUACAAGCCUGAAGGGUGAAAAUACAAGCCUGAAGGGUGACAAUGUAAGCCUGAAGGGUGACAAUACAAGCCUGAAGGGUGACAGUACAAGUCUGAAGGGUGACAAUGUAAGUCUGAAGGGUGACAAUGUAAGUCUGAAGGGUGACAAUGUAAGUCUGAAGGGUGACAAUGUAAGUCUGAAGGGUGACAGUACAAGCCUGAAGGGUGACAAAGUAAGUCUGAAGGGUGACAAUGUAAGUCUGAAGGGUGACAAUGUAAGUCUGAAGGGUGACAGUACAAGCCUGAAGGGUGACAAUGUAAGUCUGAAGGGUGACAGUACAAGCCUGAAGGGUGACAAAGUAAGUCUGAAGGGUGACAAUGUAAGUCUGAAGGGUGACAAUGUAAGUCUGAAGGGUGACAGUACAAGCCUGAAGGGUGACAAUGUAAAUCUGAAGGGUGACAAUGUAAGUCUGAAGGGUGACAAUGUAAGUCUGAAGGGUGACAAUGUAAGUCUGAAGGGUGACAAUGUAAGUCUGAAGGGUGACAAUACAAGCCUGAAGGGUGACAAUGUAAGUCUGAAGGGUGACAAUGUAAGUCUGAAGGGUGACAAUACAAGUCUGAAGGGUGACAAUACAAGCCUGAAGGGUGACAAAGUAAGUCUGAAGGGUGACAAUGUAAGUCUGAAGGGUGACAAUACAAGUCUGAAGGGUGACAAUACAAGCCUGAAGGGUGACAAAGUAAGUCUGAAGGGUGACAAUGUAAGUCUGAAGGGUGACAAUACAAGUCUGAAGGGUGACAAUACAAGCCUGAAGGGUGAAAAUGUAAGCCUGAAGGGUGACAAUGUAAGUCUAAAGGGUGACAAUACAAGUCUGAAGGGUGACAAUACAAGUCUGAAGGGUGACAAUACAAGUCUGAAAGGUGACAAUACAAGUCUGAAGGGUGACAAUACAAUUCUGAAGGGUGACAAUACAAUUCUGAAGGGUGACAAUACAAGUCUGAAGGGUGACAAUACAAGUCUGAAGGGUGACAAUACAAGUCUGAAGGGUGACAAUGUAAGUCUGAAGGGUGACAAUGUAAGUCUGAAGGGUGACAAUGUAAGCUUGAAGGGUGACAAUGUAAGUCUGAAGGGUGACAAUACAAGUCUGAAGGGUGACAAUGUAAGCCUGAAGGGUGAAAAUACAAGUCUGAAGGGUGACAAUACAAGUCUGAAGGGUGACAAUAUAAGUCUGAAGGGUGACAAUGUAAGCCUGAAGGGUGAAAAUACAAGUCUGAAGGGCGACAAUACAAGUCUGAAGGGUGACAAUUUAAGUCUGAAGGGUGACAAUACAAGUCUGAAGGGUGACAAUGUAAGUCUGAAGGGUGACAGUACAAGUCUGAAGGGUGACAAUACAAGUCUGAAGGGUGGCAAUGUAAGUCUGAAAGGUGACAAUACAAGUCUGAAGGGUGACAAUGUAAGUCUGAAAGGUGACAAUACAAGUCUGAAGGGUGACAAUGUAAGUCUGAAGGGUGACACUGUAAGUCUGAAGGGUGACAAAAGAAGCCUGAAGGGUGACAGUACAAGUCUGAAGGGUGACAAUGUAAGUCUGAAGGGUGACAAUGCAAGUCUGAAGGGUGACAAUACAAGUCUGAAGGGUGACAAUACAAGUCUGAAGGGUGACAAUACAAGUCUGAAGGGUGACAAUGUAAGUCUGAAAGGUGACAAUACAAGCCUGAAGGGUGACAAUACAAGUCUGAAGGGUGACACUGUAAGUCUGAAGGGUGACAAUAGAAGCCUGAAGGGUGACAGUACAAGUCUGAAGGGUGACAAUGUAAGUCUGAAGGGUGACAAUACAAGUCUGAAGGGUGACAAUACAAGUCUGAAGGGUGACAAUACAAGUCUGAAUGGUGACAAUGUAAGUCUGGAAGGUGACAAUACAAGUCUGAAGGGUGACAAUGUAAGUCUGAAGGGUGACACUGUAAGUCUGAAGGGUGACAAUACAAGUCUGAAGGGUGACAGUACAAGUCUGAAGGGUGACAAUACAAGCCUGAAGGGUGACAAUACAAGCCUGAAGGGUGACAAUACAAGUCUGAAGGGUGACAAUGUAAGUCUGAAGGGUGACAAUACAAGCCUGAAGGGUGACAGUACAAGUCUGAAGGGUGACAGUACAAGUCUGAAGGGUGACAAUGUAAGUCUGAAGGGUGACAAUGCAAGUCUGAAGGGUGACAGUACAAGUCUGAAGGGUGACAAUAUAAGUCUGAAGGGUGACAAUACAAGUCUGAAGGGUGACAAUACAAGUCUGAUGGGUGACAAUGUAAGUCUGAAGGGUGACAGUACAAGUCUGAAGGGUGACAAUGUAAGUCUGAAGGGUGACAGUAUAAGUCUGAAGGGUGACAAUACAAGCCUGAAGGGUGACAGUAUAAGUCUGAAGGGUGACAAUAAAAGCCUGAAGGGUGACAAUGUAAGUCUGAAGGGUGACAAUACAAGCCUGAAGGGUGACAAUACAAGUCUGAAGGGUGACAAUGUAAGUCUGAAGGGUGACAAUACAAGCCUGAAGGGUGACAAUGUAAGUCUGAAGGGUGACAAUGCAAGUCUGAAGGGUGACAGUUCAAGUCUGAAGGGUGACAAUGUAAGUCUGAAGGGUGACAGUAUAAGUCUGAAGGGUGACAAUAAAAGCCUGAAGGGUGACAAUGUAAGUCUGAAGGGUGACAAUACAAGCCUGAAGGGUGACAAUACAAGUCUGAAGGGUGACAAUGUAAGUCUGAAGGGUGACAAUACAAGCCUGAAGGGUGACAAUACAAGUCUGAUGGGUGACAAUAAAAGCCUGAAGGGUGACAAUGUAAGUCUGAAGGGUGACAAUACAAGCCUGAAGGGUGACAAUAAAAGCCUGAAGGGUGACAAUGUAAGUCUGAAGGGUGACAAUACAAGCCUGAAGGGUGACAAUACAAGCCUGAAGGGUGACAAUGUAAGUCUGAAGGGUGACAAUACAAGCCUAAAGGGUGACAAUACAAGCCUGAAGGGUGACAAUGUAAGUCUGAAGGGUGACAAUACAAGCCUGAAGGGUGACAAUACAAGUCUGAAAGGUGACAAUACAAGUCUGAAGGGUGACAAUACAAGUCUGAUGGGUGACAAUGUAAGUCUGAAGGGUGACAGUACAAGUCUGAAGGGUGACAAUGUAAGUCUGAAGGGUGACAGUACAAGUCUGAAGGGUGACAAUACAAGCCUGAAGGGUGACAAUACAAGUCUGAAGGGUGACAAUACAAGCCUGAAGGGUGACAAUACAAGCCUGAAGGGUGACAAUACAAGCCUGAAGGGUGACAAUGUAAGUCUGAAGGGUGACAAUACAAGCCUGAAGGGUGACAAUGUAAGUCUGAAGGCUGACAAUACAAGUCUGAAGGGUGACAAUACAAGCCUGAAGGGUGACAAUACAAGCCUGAAGGGUGGCAAUACAAGCCUGAAGGGUGACAAUGUAAGUCUGAAGGGUGACAAUACAAGCCUGAAGGGUGACAAUUCAAGUCUGAAGGGUGACAAUGUAAGUCUGAAGGCUGACAAUACAAGUCUGAAGGGUGACAAUACAAGCCUGAAGGGUGACAAUACAAGCCUGAAGGGUGACAAUGUAAGUCUGAAGGCUGACAAUACAAGCCUGAAGGGUGACAAUACAAGCCUGAAGGGUGACAAUGUAAGUCUGAAGGCUGACAAUACAAGUCUGAAGGGUGACAAUACAAGCCUGAAGGGUGACAAUACAAGCCUGAAGGGUGACAAUACAAGCCUGAAGGGUGACAAUGUAAGUCUGAAGGCUGACAAUACAAGCCUGAAGGGUGACAAUACAAGCCUGAAGGGUGACAAUGUAAGUCUGAAGGGUGACAAUACAAGUCUGAAGGGUGACAAUGUAAGUCUGAAGGGUGACAAUACAAGCCUGACGGGUGACAAUGUAAGUCUGAAGGCUGACAAUACAAGUCUGAAGGGUGACAAUGUAAGUCUGAAGGGUGACAAUACAAGCCUGACGGGUGACAAUGUAAGUCUGAAGGCUGACAAUACAAGUCUGAAGGGUGACAAUACAAGCCUGAAGGGUGACAAUACAAGCCUGAAGGGUGACAAUGUAAGUCUGAAGGCUGACAAUACAAACCUGAAGGGUGACAAUACAAGUCUGAAGGGUGACAAUACAAGCCUGAAGGGUGACAAUACAAGCCUAAAAGUAAUUCCCAGAAGUCUAAGGGGAGGUUAUACAAGCAUUAAGGAUGAUUUAAUACGACUGAAGGAUGAUUAUACGAGUGUGAAUGAUUCUACAAGCAUACAAGAUGAGGCUUGUAUCAGUGGCUAUCAUUCUGGGGCUGAUACAAGUCCCAAGGGUGAUGCUACAAGCCUACAGGGUGACUCAAGAAGUAUGAAUGGCUUCACUCCAGGCACCAAGGCUGAAUCCACAAGCAACCAAUGGCUGCUUUACAAGCACGAUUCACUAAACCUUAAUGUAGAUACAUUAAGUGUGAAGGAACUCACUACAAGCACCCAGAGUGAGCCAUCAAGCAGCCAAUGGCUGCUCUACAAGCACGAUACUCUAAGUCUUACUAACGACUCAACGAGCGUCAAAGACCUGUCAACAAGCAUUAAGGGUUGUUAGUCACUCUGUUAGCCUAAAUGAUCUUUGUAAACAAUGUCUAAAUAGUUU